AUGGCACGAAACGAAGAAGUCGAAACUAGCGCUGAAAGCAACGAAAAUAAGGAAGAAAAAGUCAUUCAAAUUGGUGCCAAAUGUCGAGGGCCAGGGCCAGCGAAAUAUCUUCUUCCUGGUACAGUUGGAAUUAAACAACACGAUAUUCGCUUGAAGCGAUGCCCUGCAUUUAGUUUUGGCCAACGCCAUAAAGAAUUUUCAUCGAGUUUUGUACCGGGACCGAAGUACAUGUUCCCGGCUUAUGUGACACGCAAGGGAAAGGAGGCUUCUCCCGCAUUUUCACUGUACAGUCGUACAGCAGAUAAACAUCACUUCUUUACACCCGGCCCAGGUAACAAUUCACUGAAAAAAAAGUGCUUUGGUAUUUGUUAUUUUGUUUCUAAUAUAAUAAUUUUUUAAUUGUUUGCUUGUUUGUUUUAUUCAUUUGAUUGAUUGUUGCGUCUUUUGUUGUUGUCUUUUGAAACGUUUAUUUUUACUUUGUAAUACUCGGUUACUCUUUCACCAUUCCUUUUUAUAAAUUUGAUUGUUUGCUCAAGACCGGAUUUUGCGGGCAGGUGGGGGGAGAUUGGGUGGCUCGCCUUUCACCUUCAAGAUAACUCUCACAUUUAAACAUUAAAAAAGGUUUAGUGAAACUAACAGAAAAUAGAUCACCCUUGACAGGUGCGUUAAAGUUUGUUUUUGUAACUAAGACAGUACAGUGUUUUGUAAAAUGCGUAACAGGAGUCAGUUCCACCGCAAGAUGGGAUCACUGCAAAACAUUGAGGCUUGUUUGUGAAUUCACUUUCACGUAUUCUGCUUGUUUCAUGGUGUUCGGCCUUUUUGAUUUUUGUUUGUUUGUUUGCGGCGGGGCUAAAAUGCUGGUAACUGGUAAUUGGUAACGGGUAACUAGUAACCGGCAACGGGUAACGGGUAGCCCAAUGAGCGGGCCUAGACGAGCAAAGAGUAGCCUGGGGUUAAGAAGGCGCGUGCGAGCGUUGAAAGGAAAAAAUACGUACCUUAUUGGUGUUUAGUUUCGCGGGUACUUAGUUUCGCAGUUUUGGCGAGACAGUAUUUCGCGGGGUGUUAUUUUUUUGGUUAUGGGGUCCUGCGCGAUCUAACCAGAAAAACAUGGAAAAAGGGCAUUAAAUUUAGGGAGGAUUCUUAUUUGCGGGUCUGUAAAAACGCGAUGUCUUCGAGUUCAGGAAGAGUGUAGCACGUUUCACUGAAAAUUUUUUUUGUACUUUGUUAUUUUAUCGCCACUUAUAAAACUGCUUUAAAGUAUCCUACUUUUUUUCUUUCUCAGGCCAAUAUUCUCCAGAAAAAUGUCAUCCACCCCACGAAAAAAGAGCUCCAUGCUUCACGAUCAAGACCCGUACAAAGUAUUCAUUUAAAGACCCCACCCCAUCCCCCAACUCCUACUCUCUCCCACCCCUGAUAGGUCCGAAGGUUGUAAGUGCUCAAUCAGCACCAGCCUACUCUUUGAGCGCGCGAUCUGCUAUUGGUGGAUUCAGCGAGGAUCUUCAGAAGGUGAGUACACUGGGAACGAAUGAAAAAGCGAGUUUUGAUUGGAUUGAUUUAGGUUUAAAACAUAUUGUUAGUCGAUCUCACGAGAUUGGAUUUCAUUGGAAGAAUGCUGGCAUUAAGGACUCUUGAAAACAAUACAAAUACAAUAAAAUCGAUGAAAGUUGAAGCUUCAAUUAACGCGCAAAUACUAAAGCAAGCUGCUUUCCGAAUUCCAAGGAAAGUAUGUUAGGGUUAUCACUAAGGGCCGGGGGCUAAGUAUUUCCCUCGGCUACUAUGAGCAUGACCUCCAGCUACUUGAAUAGGAAAUAGACCACCCAAUAGAACUUCCUAGCCGUUCAAUUCCCUGUCUACUGAUUUCAUAUACCCGCCAACUUGAAAUCUCAGUGAUGGCCCUGGUAUGAGCAUCCUCUAGUAAAUCAGUGGUUUUACAAAAAACCCUGUUCGUUUUCAAGAAUGGAUCGUGACAGCAAUAGCGGAAACAGCAAUAAAUAUGGGAACCCUCUAUCCAUUUUUCCCUAAAAAAAAGCCGAAUUUCACAAACGGAGAACCGUCAUCAACCCCAAAUUACUACUCAAUACCGAACUCAACUGAAAAUUGAACUGAAAAGCCAAUAUCACUCUCCUGUCACUGUUCUGUACGAAAAUUCUAGUUAGAUAACCCUUUUCUAAUUUCGCUAGUUUGUUCCCGUUGCUUUUAUCAGACACCUGGUCCCGGAACGUACGAAGUUACUCAGCCGAACACAAAUAAACGACGAAUGCCAGCUUACACAAUGAAUGGUCGCAACUACAUGCCAGUGGACUCUACACUUAAACCAGGACCAGGUCAACACCGCCCUGAGAAGGUUCGUAAAUAUUGAAUGAUUCAAAGAACAACAAAGAAUUUUUUAUAUAGCCAAAAGAAUUUGCAUGGUGCGCUCGGAGUGCCAAUCAGAACGCAAGAUUCGCAUUAUCUUGCCUGCCCGCCGAGCUAGUCGUAAUAAUUCCCAUUAAAACAUGAAUGAAACUUGUAGGUUUCAACAACAACAACAACAACAACAAGUUAUGAAGGUACUUCAAAUGAAUUACAUGUCAUUACCCAAAAUAACAUUUAUAGGUAAUGUUAAAAAAGAAAAAGGAAAUUAACAAGAAAGGGAAAGAUAAAAGCAGCAAUAAGUCUGCAUACGAAAGGAACAAUAAUAUUGAAAACGAAUACUGUUGAAGGCUAAUUGUAUUAUAAAGAUUGCUAGAAAAUAGGGACUUUAUGAAUUAAUGAGCAUUAAUGUAUUGAUUAAAUCUAAAACGCCCAACAAGUACAGGAGGCUUUGCAGGUGUUCUGUUCACAUACAAACGUAACAAGCAAAUCGUAGCCCACCUUGAGAGACAGGUUUGUUCGGAAGAAUAGUGCUUAGUGUGAACUCAACCAAUUGUCAGAAAUGUAUAUUGGCUAAAUUUAAGACACGGCUUAGCCAGUCAGUAAGCAGGAUUAUUAAAAACAAUAACAGAUUCUCUCAAUAGUUAAUAAAAAAAAUAAAACAGAGCUAAUACUGUUAUUGAAUUUGUGUGGUGGUCAAAGAAGCAUUUGCUUUCGAAUUGGCAACCACCUACUUUAGAAUAACAAAAACACACUGAGCUUAACCCGGAAUCUAAGACUAGCAUAUUAUUAUUUAAAGAUUGAGAUAAGUUAGAGAUAUAUUGAACUAUGGACUAUGUAUUUUAAAAUUUAAGGAGAAAGAGAGUAAAUCAAAUAUUAAAUAAAUAAAUAAAUAAAAAUUGUAAAUAAUUAAAUAAAGAAAUAACGUUAAGAGAAAAGGGGACAAACAAGCAGAAAAAAAGGAAAUAAGCAAGCAAACAAGCAGCAAGGAGACAAACAAAGUAAGGACUGAAGCAUUUAAAGUAUUAAACAUUUGAGUACUAAAGAGAACAUAUCUCAUUUGAUUAACAAGAGAUUAAAUGGGCUUUGGAAAGUUUCUUAAAUCGGUUUGGGCUUUCUAGUUGUUUUAGCGUCAAGGGGACAGUUUCCCAAAAAACUGAAGCAGAGUACUGAACAGUAUAUUUACUCAUGUUUGUCCUAACUUUUUGACGGUAAAAAUUGAGUUUAGUCGAGUUCCUCUUUCAUCUCUCCUCAUUUAACUCUCCACCCCGUUUUGACCAUCAUUAAUAAAUAAUAAUCAAAUUUUUUGAAGUGGGCUACGCUGUGAGAAAUGUUCGUUUUUUUUUCAGUACAGUGCAGAAAAAUCCCUGAGAUCACAAUUUCAGCAUUUCAUUAUAGCCCCCCGCCCGCGGGGAAUGGGGAGGGGGCUAUGCAAAAAAUUUUACACGGGGUGGCUCCGCCUCCAGAUCUAAUCCAUUACCCUUUAUAUACCAUUUUUGACAGAAAAGGUGCACCUUUCAUUUACCUUCCUUUGAAUAAAGGACUUUUCAUAUACUUCAACUCGUGAAUUACCUACUCUUUGAUAUCCCUAAGGCCUGAAAAAGGUAGGUCAGUGCUCCUUUCGGGCGGAGCAUCCCCUUGUAGGCCUUUACAUGGAGUGCCCCCCCUCCCAUUUUCGGGGAUAGCGACUAGAGAUUGUAUUGUUGGGACCAACAUUUGCAGCCUGUGAAUGGGGCUUUGCUUUAGAUCAUGUGUAUAUAUUCUAAUCACUGUGCGCCCUUUUUUUCCAGGUUGUAUACAACAAACCCACGGCACCGAAAUUCAGUUUCGGAGUCAGGCACAGCGACUACAUCACAGUUCCUCUUUGUACAAACACGUGA